UACAAAAAGCUUCAGAAAUAAGCAGAGCACUUGACCAAUUGUUGGAGAAGAUAAUAGAAGAGCAUGAACAAGCUCCUAACUCAUACAAAGAUGGGAAACGUGAAGAUUUCAUUGACAUAUUAUUGUCAUUAAUGAUGCAUCAACGGAAGGAGGAGGAGGAUGAUGAACAAAACUAUGAAAUUACUCAAGAUGACAUUAAGGCUGUAGCACUAUCUUUGACUGCUGGGGCAUACGAAACUUCUGCUGUCGCUAUCGAGUGGACUCUAUCUGAACUUUUGAGGAAUCCUAGGGUGAUGAAGAAUCUACAAGAUGAGCUAGAAACUGUGGUUGGAAUGAACAGAAUGGUGCAAGAGACAGAUUUAUCAAAGUUGAAUUACUUGAACUUGGUGGUCAUGGAGAAUUUCAGACUCCAUCCCAUUGCACCAUUCAUCCCUCGAGCUUCCACAAAGGAUGUUAUGGUUGAUGGAUACUACAUAGAGAAAAACGCACGAGUCUUGAUAAAUUUAUGGGCACUAGGACGAGAUCCUCGUAUAUGGUCGGAUGAUACUGAUGUGUUUUAUCCAGAAAGGUUCUUGAAUAAUAGUAACUCAAACAACAUUCAAGAAUAUGAUGCUCAACUUCUUUCAUUCGGGUCGGGUCGUAGAAAAUGUCCGGGAAUGCAGAUGGGUUUAACUACGGUUAAACUUGUCGCAGCUCAACUUGUGCACUGCUUUAAUUGGGAGCUUCCUUUUGGGAUGAAACCUGCUGAUUUGGACAUGACCGAAUCAUUUGGCCUCUCGUUGACAAGAUCUAAGCACUUGUCAGCUGUGCUAUCCCAUCGCCUUUCUUCCAAGGCAUACAAUGACUGAAAUUCAUGUAAUAUAACCCGAGACCAAGGACAUGAUGUUAAUGUAAAUAAAUA